AUGGCAUCUUCAUACAGCUUCAAGAAGUUGGGCUUCAUUGGCCUUGGUGCCAUGGGAAAGCCAAUGGUCUCACACCUGGCGAACAAACUACCAGCAGACUCACGCAUAUGGGUAUAUGAUGUGGUUGAGAAGGUAGUGGAUGAGCUGUGCGCUGAGUUCCCAGAAAGAAUCAUCAAAGGAGCCAACGCAAAGGAUGUCGCGCAACAAGAUACCAUUGUAACGAUGGUGCCAGAAGGUUCGCACGUCCGCUCUGUCUAUCUCGACGCUGAGAAUGGUGUUUGUAGCACAGACAUUUCGAACAAGCUCAUCAUCGACUGCUCCACCAUCGACACCGCGACUAGUCUCGCAGUCAAAGACCACAUCGCCAAAUACUUCCCAUCGGCAUCGUUCUAUGAUUCACCAGUCUCUGGGGGCGUGGUGGGCGCAGUGAAGGGCACAAUCGCGUUCUUCCUGGGUUGCGCGGAGUCGGAUCCGAAUCUCGAGCGCCUGACAUACUUGAUGAGCUUGAUGGGCAAGCAAAUCAUACCUUGCGGGGGCCCGUCGCUUGGCCUUGCAGCGAAGUUAUCGAAUAAUUACUUAUCAGGAAUUAUUGCGAUAGCUUGCUCAGAAGCUUUCGACAUGGGAAUGCGUUCAGGCUUAGAUCCUAGAACACUCGCCAAAGUGUAUGCAGCAGGCACUGCACAGAACACGAUAUGCGACAAGUUCUGUCCUGUGCCUCAUGUGUAUCCCGAAGCUCCAUCAUCUGGUGGGUGGAAGCAGGGUUUCAAGGUGCAGUUGAUGCGAAAAGAUUUCGGUUUGGCAGUGGACAUGGCGAAACGCGUAGGCUCGCACAACGUGCUGGGAGACGCGGGCUUAGAGACUUACGAUAAUGCUGCAAAUGAUCCUCGCUGUCGAGACUUGGAUUCGCGCGUCGUGUAUCGUUAUCUUGGGGGAGAGGAGGACUGGCAGACCAAGAUGCAAAGCUACUAG